UGAAACCAAAACCAAACCAAUUUAUUGUCAGCCAAUCUCAAGCCGUAGCAAAACCAAGACCAAAACGGCAAAGUAAUUGCCUUAUUAUUUUCGACGCUCAAUUGAAAACUGCUCUUUUCUAUUCCUGUUAAUAGGUAUUUUUAAUCAGGUUACCUUGCCUUAGGGUCUUGGAAAGAAUGAGUAAUGGAGGUUCGCAUUUUCAAAGAUCUGCAAGAACAGAUGUAUAGGGGAAAACUAGAAAAUUGUACAAGUAUUUUCUUGUCCGAAAUUAAGAAAUUUCCCAUGUUAGUCAUGUUCCCGGCAUAAAUGCACGAAAUUUUCCGGGGAUCCUUGGAUCACAUGCAAAAACGCGUUGAAAAACUUAAAGAUAAGGAAAGAACAUUCCUGAAAAUAUUUAAAAAAAAACGCAAAACAGAACAAAACAAAGUCUUUUUCCCACAAGUAUUAGCUAGUAUUUGUUUUGCGGGUCAUGGUCUGAUGGUCACGUUAUAAACAGAUCGCUUACCGGCAACAAUGAGAGACAAUUGAUUGACAGCAGUCAAUAGACAAGAACACGCAAGGGGUUGUGAGGUCAACCAAUCAGAAGCGAGGAUUCGUGUUCAUUCCCGUCAGGCCGCGGGUCAAGUUUACAACUCGAAAGUAACACAAUCUGUACACACAGGCCUCGUACAAGAAGAUGCGUGGUCGGAGCGACGUUAACUGUCGGGUUAUUACAAAGUUUCUGGCUGAAAAACCUAGCUGACAUUCUUCCUUUAUCGAUAUUACACCUAUGGUGGUUCUCAUGGAUAUUACAGCUCAAGGGAAAGACGGCGCUGGUCGUACUUGCAAUGGCCCCGAGUGUGGGGAGGAAGAGUCGAGAAGAAUUGAUCCCAGCUUGUUAGAAAGCAUCCCUUCGUCGAUUCCCACUUCUUGUAUAUACCGCUAUCAGGAUUUUAUAGCCACUCUACUUGCCGACGGCUUUUAUGGAAAUAUUUAUAAGGUUCAACAUCGCGAAACGAAGGAAGUUAUGGUUUUGAAAAUGAAUAAACCUGAUGUGGAGAGAGACACUUGUACAAUGCUGGACGAAAUUAAAAUGAUGAGCCAUCUUUCGCACGAAAAUGUGAUAAGAUUUCUUGGAAUUUGUGUAGAUGAAAGCAGAGUGCAUCUUCUCUGCGAGUUCGUCAAUGGAGGAAACCUUGAAAGCCUUUUACUGGAACAUUCAGUUUAUCUGGACUGGACAACACGAUUGUAUCUCGCACGAGAUAUUGCAGAAGGGAUGCGAUACCUUCACCAAAAUGGUGUUAUUCACCGAGAUCUAACAUCAAAGAAUUGUUUGAUAAAAGAAAGAAAUGGAUGGCGUUAUGCUCUCGUCGCAGAUUUAGGCUUAGCAACGGAAAUAAAGGAGCAGUCAAUUGUGGGAUCUCCAUAUAACAUGGCGCCGGAACUUCUGCGAGGAGAGAAUUACGAUGAAAAGGCUGAUGUAUUUUCUUAUGGAAUAAUUUUAUGUGAAAUCAUUGGCCGGGUUCCAGCUGACCCAGAUGAGUUGCCUCGGACAAAUUCAUUUGGCCUAGAUGUGGAAAAGUUUCAACACAUGACAGGCGACUGUCCUCAUGACUUCCUUCAGACUGCACUGUGUUGUUGCCAGGUGGAGCCGUCGUCCCGGCCGACAUUUGUCGAGACUGCCAAACACUUGGAAUUCGUUCUCGUAGGAACUAAACCUUUCCGACCCCUCUUAAGUGAAGCAAUGGACUCCCGCCCUCCUCAAACACCAGCGUCAACGGAACAAAACAUAUAUCAGCCGGAUAAUAAACUUGAAUUAGACCCCGAGAAGGGCAGGAGAGGAGGGGAGGUUGAGGAGGACAUUACAACCUCGCCCGAACUUGUUCCUCCGGCUAUUAUCGUAAGUACCGAGACAUCACCGAGUAUGGUUCGAUCGGCCGAGAAGCGACGGCAGUCUUGGAUAGCUGGUCGAUAUAAACUGUUUAACACAGCGACCGACGACUUGCUGAAGAAUACUCCGAGUAAAUUGAAAAGUUUUUUCCAUCGCGUUCUUCGAGUACAGACCCACUUCGAUCCGUCCAGACAAAAGAAAGUUAAGGACGGUGCCAAACAAAGAUCAGCCUCGCAGUUGAGGAGUUACAGUAUGUUAAACCCUCAGGAAAAUGGAGGUGUGGUGACUUUUGUUGAGAAGGAAGGCUCGUGCCGAAGUCCUCCUCAUUCACGCGGAUUUCUUCGUAGGAAAAGUUCGGAGAAGGUUGUUCCGUCGGAAUCGGGGUCGCAAGAGGAUUCCGUUGAUGGGAAGAGCUCUCCUCGGAGUCUUGGCUCGGAAUGCGCUCUCUCUUUAACUUCGACCUCAACCCUCGACCGAGCCACAUCUCCGAAUUCACUCGAGAUAACUCGGUCAUCCCCGAGCACACGAAAUCCCAGGGAGUCCGACACACCGGUAUCUAAAGUGUUAGAUAAUUCGAACAGACCGCGAUGCAAGUCCACACCUGUCUGUUAUGACUUGAGUGCGGGGCCGUUAUCGAGGCGUACCGCGUCUCACAGGGAGUGUCCAAUCUACAAUGCUGAUCAUUCAACCUCCGAAGUACACGCUGAUGAAACGGGAAGGUUCAAGAAUAGGAAAUCGCCAUUUUGGUUUUUAAAAAGGAAAGGUAGUAAGUACAAAGGUCCCGAAUAAGAAAUAUUGAUAGGAAAAUUGAAAGUCUCUAUACCUCACUUUCUUUUUUUAUCGGGUUGUCCGGCUGCCAACUUGAAAAUCGUGGCCGGUUAAGCAUUGCCAGGGAAGAUCUUCCAACCCUUCCUUGCAGUUUUUGACCGACAAAGGUUGUGUGUUCUUCUCGGAAUGCAGUCUUCACCUCGUAAAAGAUGAGAGCUGGACAAUCAAACAAGAUAAAGAAAAAUCAACUCUUAACUGAGUUAACCAUCACAGUUAUUUUUAAACUGUUCUAAAGAAACACUAGCUGGAGGAGUGACGCUGUUUUCCAACUUGCCUGCUUAUUUUUCAGACGAACGGAAAUCGGUCUCGCCUCUCAGAUUGUGUGUUCGAGUCCAUGAAAGAAAACCUAGUGUGUGACCAUGCAAUUGAAAGCUAUUGAGCAGUACUUUCAUGUGGUACUGUACAUUUUGCUUGUCAAGCUGGUUCUACCUGUUUCGUGUUUGAAUAGAACCGCACAGCACCAAACACGUGUCACUCCUUGCGCCAUGUGAUGAAAAAGAAGCCUGACACAAUUUAUAAUGUAUUUUUAUUUCAUUAGUAUUUUUACUACUUUACACUUGCUGUACCAGUUUUACUCCAAGGGUUGAUUUGCAGUGCUCUUGCAAUAUAGUUAGCGUUGCGUUUCAGUGAUUUCUAAGCGGUGCUUUAAUUACGAAAGGAAAGAUGAAGUACGCGUUAUUUGGCAAGCAGCUCAAAACGGUCAGCGGAUGCUAAAGGCGUUCUUUUCCACCCUGUUUACAAUCGCUUUAUUUUUGGUCCGUAGCGAAGUAUUUCAAAUGAUUCAUUUAGAAACCUUAUUUUUCCCAGCGCAGUACUCACUUAUAUAACUUCACGGUGGUACUUUGAGUUUGAAAAGCCAUUGAAAAAUGAAUAAUAUAUUAAUUGAUUAAACAUUUUGAUUAGCCGCUGACAGAGAAUUACAAAUAUACAUUAAAUAAAAUGAAUUCAUUCAGCUGAUUGAAAACCGCCCAAAAGCGGGCCUUGCAGUCAGAAUUAAACUGAAUUGUUUGAAUAAUCUCGUGGCCUGACAACAAACGUAGUGCAGUACAAACUAUACAUUAGCUAGUGCUGGUAACUUUAAUGUUGUAAGAAGUACUGUCGUUCACAGCCACGUUGAUGGUUUUUCAAAGUUUGGACAUUCUUUUGUCAUCGCUACUGCUAAAAAGAGGCAUGAAAUAACUAGAAUUAAAAAAUUUGAGUUACAUAAGAUGGCAAAGUGAAAUUCAGAAUUGUUACAGAGAUAUCGUAACGUACGCAGAUAAAAUUUACUGCAUACUAGUUGUGCAAGUUCGAUUGAUCUUUAGGUACUGUUUCUUUGUGAGCAUCGCGUUAAGAGAGUAUUUGUUUUCUGCGAUUGCUUUGGACAUUUGUGUGUGAUCAGAUAGUAGCAAAAAAAGAAAAAAAAAACUUCAACACGUUGAUCAUACAUAAAGUAUCACAUCUCUUUUUUUCCACUGCAUGAUGUAAUAGGUCGUUCUAGGGGUAGGUUUUAUCCCUGCCUUGAAAUAGCUUUGUUCGAGGAACUAAUAUUAGUAUUUGUACCAUGCCAUAGAAAAUACAGCCAAUCAGAAAAGUCGUUGUAUAUUCGAUGGUAUUACACCAACCCUUCCCAUCAUGCGCCGCGCGAAUGUCGCAAUUGUGUUGACCACUGUGUUUUCUAUGCCAUGGUAUAAGAUAGUUAUCCAACGCUCUCUCGUGGUAUACCGUGGAAUAUCCCACUUGUCACUUGUAUUUCCUCGGUACACAGGUGACACGUGGGAUAUUUGUUGUGUUAGCUUACAUGAAGUAUUGUUCAAGUUAGUUAUAUGCGAGAUGCAUGUUGGUUAUAAAAGAUGGCGUCUUGAAGUAAACACGUUGUUCACUGAAGACUACCGUAAGCCCAAAUAACUCGUUAUAUGCUAUGGUAUACCACUCGAAAUCGUUGUAUAACUGGUAUAUCACUCACAUUGUGCGACGCAAACUCGCUGAAAGAUACCAUUAAUGUCCAUUUACUUCAGCGAAUAGAGGUGAAAAUAUAUAAGAUGUACAAAUAUUUGUGUUGAACGUCAAGUUCACUAAAGAAAUGGAAUAUUUCUAAUUUGUAAACAGUUGAAAUAUGACGAGAGAUUGAUGAAUUUAUUUACAUGAAUGAGAGUUUGUCUAUAUUUAGGACACUUCAGUUUAAUAAAGAUUAACUUAACACUUUGUAACGAAGAAAGAUCAAUUAAAUUAUUUGUAAGUCACUCAGUCUUCUUUUGUU